AUGGAUCCAACCGACGAAGAGCUCUAUCGGCCCACUUUCUUUGAGCUGGUCGCCCAAGAUCAGCUGCAAGAACUAAUCGGUCCGGUCAUUCGUUAUGUCACCUCGAUCUUUGCGCAGCGUUACCCAAGAUACUUAAUCAAGCUACUCAACCAUCACGAUGAACUGUUUGCAGUGAUGAUGUAUUUUAUAGAGAGACACUACCUGAAAAACUGGAGUGGAUCCUUCGCGGAGAACUUCUAUGGCUUGUCAAGGAAUAGGCAUCGUAUUACCAAGCCGGUCAGCUUGCCCGAUUCCUCUGUUGGACCCAAGGGGAACUCUGGGCGAUUGUCCCCACGCGAUGUGAGGCUAUCCCUCGUCUUUCUGGUAGGUAUUCCAUACUUGCGAGCCAAAGCGGCCGGUCUGCACGAAGCACUGGGCGGUGCCCCAGCGAACGAUCUAUUAGAUGACGAGCCUGAGAGACCGCCUCGCGUUUCAAACGCGGAUGAAUCGCGAAUAGGCCGAAUGAAAUCUGUCGCGCUCAAAUAUUUCAAAACGGGCUAUCCAUAUUUCCUAGCAAUGACUGAAUUCAGUCGCUUCGUCUUUGGGUUACGUUACCUUUUCGGAACGAGUCCAUAUUGGAGAGCAUCUCAGGCUUAUAUGGGAAUCGAAAUCGCAAGACUGAGUCCGCAUGAUCAGGGUCGAAUGCAAGACGAGCUAGACAGUCGAAAGAUAUCGCCAUUCGCCCGGGAUUCAGCCACGGGACGCAGGCCCGAUUGGCGAUUGAUUUUAAUGCGAUUUCGGAACAUGCUAUCACAUCAGUUUUUCGAAUCGUUGAAAGUUUUAUUGCCCGGGUCGAUAUUCUUCUUCAAAUUUCUUGAAUGGUGGUAUUCGUCAUCCGACACCAGUCGCUAUCGGCCAUCACUCUCGGACUCUGAUGGGACCCAAUUCCCACCCAUCCAGCCACCGGCUGCGUUGAAGCCUCAAGCCAAAGGUAUUUUGGGGGAUGGAAAGGCCUUGACAAAGCCAAUCGCCAAAGGGCACUGCCCACUCUGUCGGACUAAGUUAGCCAACCCGACGGCAGUUCCAAGCGGUUGGGUGUACUGUUAUAAGUGUAUUCAUCCUUAUGUGGUCGAGUUUCAGCGUUGUCCUGUGACCCUAUUUCCUACAAACUUGACCAAUCUACGAAAAAUAAUUGGUUAG